AUGUUGGUAUUUUGUCAAGUGGGAGAUCCGAUAAAAUUAUGGACAAAGUACCGGGAAAGUUUAGCAGAAGAUAUCAAAAGACAAUUGGAAAGAGAGAGUAGAGAUGUUGAACUGAUCGUUGAUAUCGUUUACAACCAGUGUCUUAUCCUUCUUGAAGAUAUUGUUACAUCAAUGUCAGGUAAGUCAUUGUUAGAAUUUGGGCUUCCAGAACCAUUAAGAGAGCAAAGCAACGUUAUUAACAACCGUCAGUACAUGAAUGAAUUGGCUUAUGAUGUUUCUCAGUUGAUCGAAGCAGUUUCUGUAGGGGUUUCGAAAUUAAAUGACGAUCAGAAACAAGUUUAUGAUGAAGUCUUGAACAGAAUUGAUUCUAAUUCAGGGAAGUUAUUUUUUCUUGAUGCUCCUGGUGGAACUGGGAAAACUUUCUUGAUCAAUCUUCUGCUUGCUAAAAUUAGGAGUAGAAAAAAUAUUGCUGUUGCUGUUGCUUCGUCAGGGAUUGCAGCUACGUUAAUUGAUGGAGGCAAGACGGCGCACUCAGCUUUUAAACUACCUCUCAACUUGAAUCAUUCCGAUAAUCCCAUUUGUAAUAUCUCAAAGCAAAGUGACAUGGCGCAUUUACUCAAAGAAACAAAAAUUAUAAUGUGGGAUGAGUGUACUAUGGCCCACAAGAAAGGUGUUGAGGCUCUUAAUCAGACACUUCAAGACAUUAGAGAGAAUAAUCGACUUAUGGGUAGGUUGACUAUUCUUUUAGCUGGUGACUUCAGACAAACUUUACCUGUUGUACCACGAGGGACACAUGCAGAUGAGAUUAAAGCCUGCCUAAAAUCUUCAAUUUUAUGGCCUAAUAUAAAAGUCCUAUCGUUGAAAGUUAAUAUGAGGGUAUGUCUUCAAAAUGACUUGAGAGCGAAAGAGUUUUCAGAAUUAUUGAUUGACAUAGGUAACGGAAAUCUCCCAGAAGAAGAAGGAAAAAUAACCAUUCCAAGUAACCUUUGUGAAACUGUGGGAGAUUUGAUUACUUUAAUUAAUAGAAUAUACCCGAAUAUUCAACGUGGUGCAUUAGAUAGUUUAUCAUGGUUAAAAAAAAGAGCUAUUCUGACUCCAACAAAUGAAUCAGCUGAUAGAAUUGAUACCUUACUGCUAGAACAACAAACAACUGAACAUAUGAAGUAUGAGUCUGUGGAUACAGUCAUAGAAGUAGAGGAAACUGUUCAUUAUCCUGUUGAGUUUCUGCAUACACUUAACACGCCAGGCAUACCACCUCAUAUUCUUCAUCUAAAGAUUAGUACACCGAUAAUGUUGUUGCGUAACUUGAAUCCUCCCAAAUUGUGUAAUGACACCAGACUACAGGUAAAAACUCUGCGGAAAAAUUUAAUUGAAGCGAUCAUUUUUACAGGAAAGUAUGAGGGUGAAAAUGUAUUCAUUCCAAGAAUACCUUUGAUUCCAUCAGAUUAUCAUUGUGAAUUUAAGCGUUUGCAGUUUCCAGUUAGAGUUUGCUUCGCGAUGACUAUUAAUAAAGCUCAAGGGCAGAGUUUAAAAUUAGCUGGUGUAGAUUUGCAAAGUGAAUGUUUUUCCAAUGGUCAAUUUUAUGUAGCAUGUUCAAGACUCAAAGUAAGUUCAAUACCGCGUCCAAUUCUUACCAAUAUACCACCUGACUUACAACAGGUACUACUACCACUUCAGUGUGCUUUAGCGUUGUCAAGCGGUGGUAGAUUUCUCGUAGCUGCAGUUGGGCCGGUUACUGGAUCAGGAACAGACGAAUUAAUCGAAGUGACCGACAAACCAAGAUCUUCCUCAAUAAAAGACGUGUAUGAUAACUUCUCUUGA